CAGCUGAGUCCACGGACUCCGUCCCCUUUCCAGACGCCAUCCCCAGGGAUGCAGCCACCUCGGAUGAGCCCUCUCACUAUGAUACCCCCGCCCCCUCAGCCACCCAUCCCGCCACCUGGAGGUGAGGUGGGGCCGCGGAGUACGAUCGCCAGCAACUGCAGUAUGAGGACUGGCUCACCAAACAGGCUCAGUUCCUGGACAUGCAGAUCAAGCUUCUGGAACAGCAGAUUGCCAAACAGAAGAGAACCAAGAAGAGCAUUCAAGCUCGACAGAGACAGGCACGAAAAAAUGGAAAUGAGCUGAAUCCCAACGAUGUUGCGGAGUUGGAGCGGGUCACCACAGAGCAGUCGGGUCUGCAGAAACAGCUGGAGGCCUUGAGGAAGCAGCAGCGACAACACCAGAUGAUGGUGCAGGACUAUCGCAACAAACAGAAGGAACAGUUUGGUCGUAACUGGCUACCAUCGCCAGUACCUGCUCAGGCUAACCAAGCAGCGCAGGUCUCUCCUGUAUCGACACCUUCUGCCACUCUGUCUUCCUCUCCUGCCUCCACACCUGCAGGAACGCCCCCACAGACUCCACCAGUCCGUGUCCCGGGUGCAAACUCUGUCCGAUUGACUCGCACAGACAGACAGGAAUAUGAAGCUUAUAUGCAGAACAGGCUGCGAAUGUUGAGCCAACAGACAGGAGGGUCAGGCAUGCCUAUGACUGGGCCAAGACUUCCUGUGCCCUCAAGCCAGAUGCAGGGGCAGGUACCCCAAGGACAGCUUCCACAAGGACAGAUACCCCCAGGUCAACUUCCUCAGGGUCAGCAUCCACCAGGUCAACUUCCUCCGGGUCAGCAUCCACCAGGUCAACUUCCUCCUGGUCAACUUCCCCCGGGUCAACUUCCUCCGGGUCAACUUCCCCCUGGUCAACUUCCUCCUGGUCAACUUCCUCCUGGUCAACUUCCUCCUGGUCAACUUACCCCGGGUCAGGUACCACCAGUACAACUACCACCAGGUCAGGUACCACCAGUACAACUACCACCAGGGCAGAUAUCCCCAGGACAGAUAUCUCCCGGACAGCACCCUUCAGGACAAGGUGCGCCAGGUGCUGCACAGUCACCAGCAACAGUGGGUCCUGGAGGUCCUAUGGGCCCUGGUCAAAUGACAGCAGCGCAACAGGCUCGGCUUACUACUGUCCUAGGGGACAACAAUCCGUUUAGUGAGGGAUUUCAGCAGAGAGAACAGCUUGAACGGUUCCGUGAGAAGAACUGGGCUCAGAUUCACGAAGGUGCCACCCCUCCAACUACUGAAGUGCAAGGGCCAGCACCCGCUGACUCUCUAGCACCUCCAGCUCAACCUCUUCCUCAAGCCCUCCCUCAGAUGCAGUUCUUCAGGGAGAGAGGGAUGACGUUUGAACAAGGCCCUCGCUUCACACGAGCACCAGGCCUGUUUGCUGGAGAAGGGGCACCGCGCCCAUUUGAGGGACCUCGCCCACCUGCCUAUCCUGGACCCCCUGGACUUUACCCCCAAAUGCCUGGUUCUGACCAGAGUCGCCUCCCUUUCCCACAAGGCUUGCCCUUCCAGCCAGGCUUUGGCAUCCCUCCCACUGCAAAUCUACCCCCUGAGAUGGGCUCCCAAGGAGCAAAGGGAAAGCCGAAAAAGCGACGGAAGAAAAAAAAGGCAGCAGAAACUGAAAAUGUGCAGUCCCAACCCUUGCCACCUUCAAUUCCCACACAACCAGCCAUUUUAGGACAAAAUCCACCAUCCACCCCAGCUGCUCCAGUAGCUGUGACCACCACUACAGCGACUACUACAACAGCCACAACUCUACCGCCUCCUGCCCCUCCAGCUAAGAUGACAGAGUUUCCGAUAAAACCACAGUCAGAAACUGAGCGAAGAAUCUUGGAAAUCCUCAGUAAAACUGCUGCUCUUGCGCAGAAGGAAGGGGAUGAGCAACUACCUGGUGGGAAGAGUGCUCGGGGCAAAACUGCUGCAUCUUCUGCUGCUGCUCCACCAUCUCUGCAACCACCGCCACCUCUGGCACAGCAAGGAGCAGUGUCUCCAGCACCUUCUGGGACAGGCAUUCAACCUCAGGGCACAGUCCCAGCACAACAGGCAGGAGCCCAGUCCACAGGCCCACCGCCACUUUUGUCACAAGGUGCUCAGGCAGGUCAGGCUACCCAACUGCUGCUCCGGUCAACACCUCCAGUGUCAGAUCAAGUUAAAGUUACAGAAUCUGGUAACAUCAAAGUGGAGUCUCCUGCAUCCACAACAGGUGCCCCUUCAGAUCAGGAGGUUGAGAAACCUGCACAAGAUGGGAGUUCAUCCAUUCCUCAUUUGGAAACUCAAGUGACACAGUCUAGUGUUGCUAUGCAGAGUGCACCGAGCUAUGAGUCUCCCCCUCAUCUUCAACCACAAACUGAUGUGUCUUCAGAAUUGUCCACUACCUCAAAGACAACACCUUCCCCACAGACAGCAGAAUCAGCAUCUGCACCCCCAGACCAACCUCCUGCACACCAUUUGGAGGAACAACCAUCUGGCAAGGACAGUGCAUCAACUGACAAACCGGCAGAUGACGCAUAUGAUGAGCCUGACGGUGGUGCAUCUGUCACUGAAGGUGGGGAGUCAUCGGAACCAAAAAAAAAGUUUGUGUGUGAUGAUGGAAUUCAUUGUGGUACAGAUGAUGAAGAAGAGGAAGAAAAAGGACCAGAUCCCCCUAAAGAAAAGUUUGUCUGUGACGAUGGAAUACAUUGUGGAACUGAUGAUGAAGAUGAAACUCCUGCAGAGGGAGAAGCCAGAACAAGCAAAGCAGCUGGAGAAAGCUCUUCAGCUGCCCCAGGACCAUCUCAAACAAAACCCCAAUCAACAGAGGAAACACAAAAGAGUGACAGGAGUCCUCAAGAUCAACCAGCCACCCAAUCAAGCACUGAACCAGUGCAGGCUGAAACCCCCAAGCAAAUAAGUGACACCAAAGAUGGCAACAGUGAUAAUCCAGAAGCUUUGCAGCCAACUGCACCAUCCACUUCUAGUCAACAGCAGCCCACAGAGAGUGUUCCUAAUCAGUCAGCAACUGCUUCUCCUGCAGUGCCUGUCUCGGGAUCGAAUGAGGAACCAACUUCAACAUCUGGUAGUCUUCAGACACACCUGGCCUCAUCAGUGCAGACGUCAGCUGCAUCCUCGCACAAUGAGACCGCUCCAUCCACUCAGAGUACACAGUCAAGUAUCUCAACACCUCAACAAGCUCCAGUUUCUGCACAGUCCACAAUGCAUCCAUCCCCUCCUCAAUCAAUGAUGGGCCAAGGACAUCCACGACCACCUUUUCCACAAGGGCAUUCGAUGCUGAGGCACCUGCGACCUGAAAUUAAUCCUCAAGUACUUCAGGAACAGAUGAUGAGAGCAGGGCAUAUACCUCUUGAUCAGCCGCAAGCUGGUGUGGGCGAUACAUCACCUCAAGCACCAGGUCCGACGCAGCGCCUUCCACCUUCUUACGCUACUGCUAUCAUGUCGGGUCAUGCAAUGAGGCCCUCUCUAACUGCUACUUCACCUGCCGGACCAACCCACGACCUCAGCUGCCACCAGGUGCUGUACAACCGCAAAGGCUUGGAGAUCCAGAUCAGCCCCCUCUGCAGCCUAAUGUUUCACAGUCAAGUAGAGCUUUAGUAUCCCAGCUUAUGCAGGCAAGUGUUCCACAGUCAGUGUCCUUACCAGGAAACAUGAUGACCCUUUCAU